UUGCCCAUGAAAUAUACUUCUCUAGUCUUCUUAGUUGGUAGGUUAUGUACAGUUAUGUAUUUGAGAACGAACCUAACCUCUCACCGUUGUACCGUCGACAACCGACACGUUCGUCAACAGGAUAGGAAGGUAAAGGAGUAUCGCCGGGUUGCCCGCUAAAUUUUGUCCGCCAAAUCGGACAAAUGAGUUUUAUCACACCUGUGCGAAGCUAAUGACAGAGUGACGUCGGUGACGUCCUGGACGAACGACAGCGGAUAUUCGUAAAAGAGGAAAGGAAGAACCGCGAGGAGAUGAUGAACGAGAAGAUGAUGGACGCGCGGAGGCGCGAGAGAGAGCUGAUAGGAUUGCGCGGAGUUGCCGAAGCUUGGGGCAAAUCGCCGACGCAAAUUGAAUAUAGCUCGGACGAAAAGGAUGAGGAUCUUAGCAAACACAAAGAUAACACUUCGCCGAAGGACCGCAAGAGAAAGCGACACGAUGUUAAAAAGAAGAAAAGCAAGAAAUUGAAGAAGGAAAAGAAGGCGAAGAAGGAGAGAAAGAAAGAGAAAAAGGUAAAGAAAGAAGCAAAGAGAGGCAAGAAGAAGAAGAAGAAGGCAAAGAAAGAGAGCGACAGUAGUAGUUGCGACGACAGUGACAGCAGCGAUAGUGGCGACGAGGAGGUCUGGGUGGAGAAAACCACCGUCACUGAUAAACCAAAACCGAAGAAAGGUUCGAGUUCAGAUGACAGUGGAGACGACGGUGUGGUUGGGCCUGCUCCGAAACCACACGUGACUCUCUCGGCCAAGGAUUUCGGCAAGGCGCUGCUGCCAGGCGAAGGCGCGGCAAUGGCGGCUUACGUAGCCGAAGGGAAACGCAUACCCAGGAGAGGCGAGAUCGGCCUCACAUCCGAGGAGAUCGCAGCGUACGAAUCUGUCGGUUACGUCAUGAGUGGCAGCAGGCAUCGUCGCAUGGAAGCGGUUCGUAUCCGAAAGGAGAACCAGAUCUAUUCUGCCGACGAGAAGCGUGCCUUGGCCAUGUUCAGCAAGGAAGAACGGCAGAAGAGAGAAAAUCUUAUAUUAGGACAAUUUCGAGAGAUGAUUAACCACAAGAAAAUGGCGCAGGAGAAGAAUUGAUGACUUUAUCGAGUGUAACAUUGACACAGUUUCUCGUGUCAUUGUGUACUUGUGUGUAUAUACAUAUUAUAUAAACUUAAGAUUUCAUUAGGUGUACGAAGAUGAUGUAUAUAGAAAAUAUCAAUGUAUGUACAUUUGGAUAAA